GGAGAGGUAUGAGAGAGGUUGUAUUGGACUAGUGAAAGAAGGAUUUGUAAAGCUGAGGACAUGUGUUUUGGAAGGUGUGCUAGAUGUGUUGGUUUUAAGUUGCUCAUCCUUGCCUUGCUCAGCAUCGUGGCCAACAUUUUACUUUAUUUUCCCAAUGGCGAAACAAGAUUUGCUUCAGAGCAUCAUCUCGGCAAAUACGUGGAGUGCCUUCAUGGCAUUCUAGGUGGAGGCUUUUUGGUACUCAUUCCAGCUGCAGUAUUCAUUGGGCUUCACAAUGAUGACUGCUGUGGGUGCUUUGGCCAUAAGGACUGUGGGAAAAGCUGUGCGAUGCUGUCCUCAGUUCUGGCAGCCUUUGUUGGGAUCCUUGGUUCUGGAUACUGUAUAAUCAUUUCAGCACUGGGCUUGUCUCAUGGACCAUAUUGUUUUACUCACCUGCAAAGAAACUGGAUCUAUCCUUUCACUGAAUCCUCUGGAGGGUACUUGUUUGAGUAUAACAAGUGGUCUGAAUGUCAAGAACCUCAAAACAUCGUGCAGUGGAACGUCACUCUCUUUUCCAUCCUCCUUGUCUUGGGAGGAAUAGAGUUCAUUCUGUGCUUCAUACAGAUAAUCAAUGGCAUUCUUGGAGGACUGUGUGGAUUGUGCUGCAGUCAUGAGGAGACAUACGUUUGCUAG